AUGGCAGCGGAGCCGGACACCACCGAAGUGAGGGAGCGGCACAGAUUUGACCGGGGAGGCUUGGAAGGGUACCUUUGCAAGCGCUUGCCGGGCUUUCCUUUGCAGCCGCCUGGAGCUCUCCUGGUCAGGCAAUACAGCUCUGGACAGUCCAACCCAACCUUUUACUUGAAGAAAGGCCUUAGCACCUAUGUCCUUAGGAAAAAGCCUCAUGGCCCUCUCCUACCGCAAGCUCACAAGAUUGACAGAGAAUACCGAGUCCAGAAAGCUUUGUUUGCAGCUGGAUUUCCAGUUCCUGAGCCCCUUUUAUAUUGCAGUGAUGUGUCUGUGAUUGGAACAGAAUUCUAUGUGAUGCAACAUGUACAGGGCCGCAUUUUCCGAAACCUUGCUUUACCUGGAAUAAGCCCAGUGGAAAGAUCAGCGCUGUAUAUAGCUGCAGUAGAAACUCUGGCCCGGUUGCAUUUAUUCAGCAUAAACUCACUGGGGCUCCAAGACUAUGGAAGAGGACCAGGUUACUGUAAGAGGCAGGUAUCGACUUGGAGAAAACAGUACCAAGCAGCCGCUCAUAUGGACAUUCCAGCUAUGAACGAUUUAGCUGAAUGGUUAAUGAACAACCUGCCAGCAGGGGACAAUGAAGAACAUUUGAUUCACGGGGACUUUAGAAUAGACAAUAUCAUCUUUCAUCCGACAGAGGCCCGCGUCGUGGCAGUCCUGGACUGGGAACUUUCAACCAUCGGCCAUCCAGUGGCAGACUUUGCUUAUUCUGUUAUUUUCUACUUUUGGCCAAAAGACAUCAAAUAUUUGAAUAUAAUGAAUAUCAAGAAUUUAGACGAUAUUGCAGGAAUUCCUUCAUUUGAGGAAAUGAUCUCCAUUUAUACUCGCUGCAGGGGUACCGCCCCUUCUCUAUCCAAGUUGAAUUUUUUCUUUGCACUUUCAUUUUUUAAAAUUGCUUCAAUAUGCCAGGGUGUCUAUGCCAGAUAUCUCUUGGGAAAUUCUGCUGCAGAAAAUAGCAGUGAGUUUGGCAACCUGGUGAAACCUUUGGCAGAGAGAGGAUUACAGCUCACAACAAUGACAUCAUUUACUACUGGCUUUCAGUCUUGCAGUGUGGGAGAAUUGUUCCAGCAGACUCAAAAGGGUAAAGAAAUGCUUCAGAAGGUGAAGGAUUUCAUGGGAAAACACAUUUUUCCAGCUCAAAAGGAAAUGGCAGAGUAUUAUGACAGAAAUAAAAAUUCACCAGACAUAUGGAAAAAACCUGAACUGAUUGCAAAACUGAAGGAGAUGGCAAAAGCAGAAGGUCUCUGGAACCUUUUCCUUCCAGCUAUUAGUGGUCUUGGCCAGGUGGAUUAUGCACUGAUUGCUGAAGAGACUGGGAAGUGCUUCUUUGCCCCUGAGGUGUUCAACUGUCAUGCACCAGACACAGGAAACAUGGAGGUCCUGCAUUUGUAUGGGACAGAAGACCAGAAGAAACAAUGGCUGCAGCCUCUGCUUGAGGGGAAAAUUAGCUCCUGCUUCUGCAUGACAGAACCAGAUGUUGCUUCCAGUGAUGCCACCAACAUGGAAUGCAGCAUUCAGAGAGAUGGAGACAGAUAUAUAAUCAAUGGGAAGAAGUGGUGGAGCAGUGGAGCCGGAAAUCCAAAUUGCAAAUUUGCAAUUGUGAUGGCCAGAGACAAAAACACCUCUGCCUCCAGAUAUAAACAACACAGCAUGAUUAUUGUGCCAAUGGAUACCCCCGGAGUCAAACUUAUAAGGCCUCUUUCAGUCUUUGGUUAUUUUGAUUAUUUUCAUGGUGGGCAUUUUGAAGUACAUUUUGAUAAUGCUCAAGUACCCAUUUCCCAUUUAAUACUUGGAGAAGGAAGAGGAUUUGAAAUAGCUCAAGGGAGACUUGGACCAGGCCGUAUCCACCACUGCAUGAGGUCAAUAGGAGCAGCUGAAAUGGCUCUCCAGAUCCUAUGUGAGCGUUCAGCUCAGAGGAUGACAUUUGGGAAGAAGCUGUACCGUCAUGAAGUUGUCGCACAUUGGAUUGCAGAAUGUCGGAUUGCUAUCGAACAGGCACGACUGCUUACGCUGAAAGCAGCCAGCCGCAUAGACACCAUGGGAAACAGAGCGGCAAGAAAAGAGGUUUCUAUGAUCAAAGUAGCAGCACCCAGAGCGGUCCUUAAAGUGAUUGACUGUGCCAUUCAAGUUUGUGGAGGUGCUGGAUUCUCUGAAGAUUUUCCUUUGGCUCAGAUGUUUGCUUACAUUCGGACCUUACGCGUAGCAGAUGGGCCUGAUGAAGUUCACCUCUCGACAAUUGCAAAACUAGAACUGCUUGAUCAAGCCAAGCAGUUGGCUGCACAUCUCUAGGUUGUGGACAGCAUCAUAACUAGGCCUGGUCUACACACAGAGAAAAGUGGUAAAGU